AUGAUACGCUGGAUUCCUGUUAAAAUUCCAUAUGUGAUUAUGUCCGGUGGAACUUCUUCCCUUAUCUUUCUGGUUUUAUUGUUAUCAUUUACUAGGCAAUUUAUUAAUUCAGAGCCAUUCAUAUUAUUACCGCCACCGGCAUAUAUAUUCUCUGGGAAUUCUGAUUUUAAUUUGAGCCAACAAAAUCGGAUGACAACUUUUGCUUAUGAUAUCGAUCAGACAUCAAAUUCGGCAUCAGAUAAUCCAUUUACUUCAACAUUUCAAAAAUCGUCAUCAAUACCUGUACACUACGGUAGCAAACAACCACCGAUUCUUACUUCUACAAAGUCAAUGAAAUACCGAGGACAAGAAGAAUUAAAAAACAAUUUCUACAAAGAGCCAAACAUUGUCAAUGUGAAUGACGAAAUGUCAACAAAUGAAGCAAUAUUUCAUUCUUUUCGAGAUGACAAUUUUGAUGAAAAGUAUCGAAGAAUUAAUGAAACUUAUUUUUCGGAAGGAAUCACAUCGGAAGUAAAGACUCUUCAUAGGCCUUACAUUCAGGUAUGUCAACUUCCUUGCAUUCCUUGCAUCCUUGCUAUUUUCUCCAUCUCUCACAUAGAAUAA